AUGCCGAAACAGCAGCCUCACAAUCCAAUCCAGGCCGCUGUAAAGUCGUGGCUGGUGGGACAGCAGCCGCCCGAUGAGGAAGAAGCCGAAGCUUGGAGAGACUGUUUGCUGUGCGCUGCGCCGAAACGAUUUACAAUCUAUGAGCCAAUGGCACUUUUUCCUUCGGGCAGCUUCAGCAAACCCAUAUGGAUCAAUACUCUUAAAGCAUGCACAGAAGAAACUAGUGCAGCCUUGUGGACGCUGCUGUUGAAAGAGUUGUCGUUGGUCGCCAAGAGCCCGCUGACGAAUUUGGCAAUUAAUGAAGGGAUACCGCUUCAAAAGAGUGGUGAAUCGAGCGACGAGAAUGUAUUACGCAGUCCUACAGGUCUCCGAAUGCUGUACGGCGACUUUGGCCCCUCUGAUACUGCCAACGAGACCCCGACAACGGAAGAAUUUGAAAAGGCGUUUUGGGUCUCGACAAAGCAAAACGGCAUACAUCAGAUAUGGGCACCGAGGUGGACAAUGUUUAGUCGUGGCAAUGUAAAGGAAAAGGCCAGGCUUCUGGCCUUUGAGCGCUCAAAAUCUGCUUCUGAGGAUCCAUCAUGGGCAGUCGACUUGUACGGUGGUAUCGGCUACUUUGUCUUUUCGUAUGCCGCGCUCGGCAUGCGUGUCUUGUGCUGGGAGAUUAAUCCAUGGAGCGUCGAAGGACUUAGGCGAGGUGCGCGGGCAAACAGAUGGAGUGUCAGGGUGGUAUCUGACCCGGCAGAUCUUGCGCGCCCUGUUGAGGAGGUGCUCAAAGGCGGAGAGCAGAUUGUCGUAUUCUUGGAGGACAACCAGCUGGCACAGGGCAAGAUACGACGACUACAAGAAAAGGGGGCGUGUAUGCGCAUUGCACACAUCAACGGCGGGUUUUUGCCGACGAGCGAGCCGACAUGGGAGCCUGCUUGGAACAUGGCGAGGCGAAGCACGGCUUUGCAGACUUGGUUGCAUUUGCACGAAAACGUCGGUGUGCACGACAUUGCAACCCGCAAGGCCGACAUUGAAGAGCGAUUCAGGCAGUUUAAUCGGGCUCAGGGCACUUUGCGCAAUGUAUCGGUCAGUCAUGUGGAACAGGUAAAAACGUUUGCGCCAGGAGUAUGGCACUGUGUCUUUGACGUGUGUAUCGCAACGUCGCAAAUCUAG